AGCCAGGAAAAAACACAUCAAACAACACAAAAAUGUACACAUUAUUUCUAAGAUUUCUCCGACCUAAUUGUCUGUUAUUUCUCUUAAUCUCAACGGUUAGUUCUAAUCCUCCCGAAGAUCCGAUCAAAUGCGUUACGAAAGAUACAGACUGCACCAUUACAAACUCUUACGGUACGUUUCCUGAUCGAAGCAUAUGCCAUGCCGCGAACGUGGCCUAUCCGACGACAGAAGACGAGCUUAUCGCAGUCGUAGCGAACGCAACAAUGGCGAAAAGGAAAAUCAAAGUCGCCACUCGAUUCUCGCAUAGCAGCCCUAAGUUAGUUUGUCCAGAUGGACGAGACGGGUUACUUAUAAGCACGAAAUACCUAAAUUAUAUAAUCGAUACCGACGUGAAAUCGAUGACGAUGACGGUGGAGAGCGGCGUAACCCUAAGGCAGAUUAUUAAUGAGGCUGCUAGAAGUGGUUUGGCAUUGCCGUAUGGACCAUACUGGUGGGGGUUAACCAUUGGCGGGCUGAUCAGUACUGGGGCUCAUGGGAGUACGUUAUGGGGGAAAGGGAGUUCGGUUCAUGAUUAUAUUGUGAGGUUAACUAUGGUUAGCCCUGGUCAGCCUGAAGAUGGCUAUGUUAAAAUUAGGAACCUUGAUGAAAAGAAUAACAAUGAACUCAAUGCUGCUAAGGUUUCUCUUGGUGUUCUUGGUGUUAUUUCAAAGGUUACAUUGAAGCUGCAACCAAUGUUCAAACGAUCAAUUACUUAUGCGACAAAGAGUGACAUGGACUUAGGAGAUGAAGCACUUAGCUUUGGGCGUCUAUACGAAUUUGGAGAUAUUACAUGGUACCCUGCCCAACACAGGGCCAUUUUUCGGGCCGAUAAUCGCGUAUCGUCGAACACAUCUGGCAACGGUUUAUACAGUUUUAUUCCGUUCCGAGCAACACCGUCGUUCGCAUUGGCACUCGUUAGAGUCGCAGAGGAAAGUGAAGAAUCUCUACGUAAUUCAGAAGCCAAGUGUGUUAGUGCAGAAUUGACGACAGCCACAUUCCUUAAAACAGCUUAUGGAUUAACAAACAAUGGUAUCAUCUUUACAGGAUACCCCGUAAUCGGAUAUCAAAAUCGCCUCCAAUCGUCGGGGACUUGCCUCGAUAGUAUCGAAGAUGCACUUAUAACAGCAUGUCCAUGGGAUCCAAGAAUCACGGGAGUAUAUUUUCAUCAAACUACAUUUACUAUUGGUUUAUCAAAAGUUAAAAGCUUUAUCCAAGAGGUUCAAGAGCUAGUUAAAUUGGAGCCUAAAGCGCUUUGCGUAAUCGAACAAUACAAUGGCAUACUAAUGCGGUAUGUUAAAGCAUCAAGUGCUUACUUAGGCAAGCAAGAAGACGCGAUAGAUUUUGAUUUAACAUAUUAUCGAAGCAAAGACCCAAUGACUCCGAGACUACACGAAGAUAUUCUCGAAGAAAUUGAACAAAUGGCGGUGUUUAAGUACGGAGGUUUGCCUCAUUGGGCAAAGAACCGGAACGCAGCGUUUGAUGGCGCUAUAAAGAAAUAUAAAAAUGCAGAUAAAUUUAUUAAGAUUAAGCAAAUGUAUGAUCCGAAUGGGUUGUUCUCUAGCGAGUGGACCGACCAAGUUCUUGGAUUAAAAGGAGGGUUGGCUAUAGUUAAGGAAGGAUGUGCAUUGGAAGGACUGUGUAUUUGCUCGGAGGACAUUCAUUGUGCCCCUAAGAAGGGCUAUUUAUGCAGACCUGGUAAAGUUUAUAAGAAUGCAAGGGUUUGUAGCCGUGUAACUAGGGCUUAAUACAUAGUUUGACCCCUGAACUUGUACACUUUUACCCAUCUAACCUCUAAACUUAACGUCUCACCUAUCGAACAUCUGAACUUGUUAAAUAAUCCGAUUUAACCCCUAAACUUGAUAAAUACGUAAAUAUUGAACCCCUCCAUUCCACCUGUCACUUGAAACAUUCUAGAAGAAAUUGUGUACGGAGGGGUUCAAUGUUUACGUUUUUAUCAAGUUCAGGGGUCAAAUCAGAUUAUUUAACAAGUUCAGAGGUUCGAUAGGUGAGACGUUAAGUUUAGAGGUUAGAUGGGUAAAAGGGUACAAGUUCAGGGGUCAAACUAUGUAUUCAACCGUGUAACUAGCUAGUAAGAGAAACUAAAGUUAUAGUUUGAUACAUAGGAAUAUUGUAUAUAUAAAGGCAUAAUGACAUAAUUAAAAUUUACUAUCGAUUCUAUAAAUAAAAGAUUAAUUUGAAAGAA